CCAGGACCAAAAGGAGAUAAGGGUGAACAAGGAGACAUUGGCCCAAGGGGUGAGAAAGGAGAAGCUGGUAUCAUGGGUGACCCUGGUAUUCCAGGAAAAAAGGGUGAUGCUGGGAUUCCAGGGGAACCAGGGAUUCAAGGACCAAAGGGAGAUCCAGGAAGUUCUGGGCCCCGAGGAGAGAAUGGUAUUGAUGGGCUGCCAGGGGCAAAGGGCGAACCAGGAAGCAUUGGCUUAAAGGGAGAAAAAGGCAUAGAUGGGCUACCAGGGCCAAAGGGUGAACCUGGUGAGAGGGGAGCAGAUGGGCAUAUUGGGCCUAGGGGACCUCCAGGCCUGAAAGGAGAACAGGGCGAUACGAUAAUAAUUGACUAUGAUGGUAGAAUCUUGGAAGCUCUCAAGGGGCCACCAGGGCCUCAGGGGCAACCAGGGCCUCAAGGAGCUCCAGGACCAAAGGGGGAACUUGGAUUGCCUGGUCCACCUGGAGUUGAUGGAGAGAAGGGAUCUAAAGGAUCAAAAGGAGACCAAGGAAGCCCUGGGCUAGUAGGACAGAAGGGAGAGAUUGGAGAAGUUGGCAUGAUUGGUUUACCUGGCCCUAAAGGAUUGAAAGGAGACCAAGGAAACCCUGGAUUAAUGGGACAGAAAGGAGAGAUAGGAGAAAUGGGCUUGUCUGGUCCACCGGGUAUUGAUGGACCAAAAGGAGAACCUGGGACACCCUGCGAGCAAAAUCUUGUGCAGAUCUUACCUGAACCAGGACCUCCUGGCUUACCAGGUCCACCAGGUCCUGUGGGUCCGCAAGGAAUACAAGGACAUAAGGGUCCUCAAGGAAUUCAAGGACAAAAGGGCUCAGAUGGUGCAAAGGGUGCAAAAGGUGAAAGUGGCCAUAAAGGUGAAAAAGGUGCCCCUGGGCCACAUGGUCCCACUGGCACUCCUGGACUUAUUGGCCUACCAGGUACUAAAGGGGAGAAGGGAAAGCCAGGGGAACCAGGAUUAGAUGGCUUCCCUGGCCUCAGAGGAGAAAAAGGAGAAAAAAGUGAAAGAGGAGAAAAGGGAGAAAGAGGACUGCCAGGCAGAAAAGGAGCAAAGGGACAAAAAGGAGAACCAGGCCCCCCUGGAUUAGAUCAGCCUUGCCCAGUGGGUCCAGAUGGAUUACCGGUACCAGGAUGUUGGCACAAGUGAUUCUACAAGCAUGGACUGUGUAAAUAAUAGUGGGAUAAAUGUUUAUUUUUUUUUAAUUUUUUAUACAAAAAGAGGAAAAAGUCACAAAAACAAUGUUUUCAACAGUAAUAUAUUGAUCUUUUAAUGCUGGAUAUUGUCAUAUAUGAAUUUUUAAAAAUAUAAACAUUCCUGAGGUCCACAAGACAGACUACAUACUGGCACACAGACACAAACACACACACAGAAGCACUCAACAUUUUGAAACAGUCAGGAAUGGAUGUCACUUGCUGCUAAUGCUAAUGUGUGGAUUAACCAUACUGAAAAAAACUUGCUUUAUUGCAUGGAGAAGGAACAUCCCUGGACAACCAUUUUAGAUUACAACUUUCUAACUCUGUUGCAUAUAGACACUGGCACAAAAGGGAGAGAAAACAAAAAGGAAAAAAAAGAUGCAGCCCUAGAAAUUGAACAAACUCUACCUUCUGGAUGAACGCAGGGAGAAUUUCAAUCCGGAAAGGUAACACAACUAUAACCACACUUCUUGCUACCUGCUUCAACCUUGAAGAAACUCGUUCCAACCUAGGUCACUCUGAUCUGUGUCACCAUCUGUGGCUGCUCCUCCUCCAGAAGGAAGCAUCAUCUCGGGGAAAAUCUCCACUUCACAUCUUCAAUCUGUGACUAAAGUUUGGAAGAUUCUUUUGUGGAACUUUAUUUUACUGCAGAAUUCAAAACACAGAACACCUCAACUGCCAAACUUUUUUUUUGCAGAAACAUAAUAAAGAAAACACUAUAAUAAUCAUCUCAGUGUACAGAUUUGAAACAUGAGUUCUGCUUUGGAACAAAACAAUAGUCCCAUUGUGUAGGCCAUGGCUGCUACCUGUCAUGCUGCUUAUUCUCCUGGAUUCACAGAACUAGCUUAAUAAAUACUGAAAAGAUGAUUCCCACCACCCCACCAGCGAGUGUUUCAUCACACCCAUUUAAUAUGAAUUUUUGCAUUACAAUUGAUAGGGGUAAAGUAAUACAACCUAUUGUCAAAGCUUUUGUAAUUAACAUGGUGAUAGAAACAGCUCUUUCAGCUCCAUUCAGAGAUAAAAAGCAAGGGGAGCACCACAUUUUAUGAAAUUUUGUCACAGAUACACCUUUCUUGCAUCAGAAAGAAAAAAGUGUGCCCAAAAGCCAAAUGUCACUAUAUACAAUACAGUAUUACUUCAGUCCCAAAGGACUACAUCUAUGAAAUUAUACAGCCACAAGUAGAUUAUGACAUUGUCCAAUAUAUGACCCAUUCUAUCUAUUGCAGUUAUAAUUUAGUUACUGAUUCCAAAACUUCACUAUGCUCACCAGUGGUCUAGAGAUUCUGUUUGUAACAAGGAAUGGUUUCUCCAGUUUCUAGCAGUGUGUACAAAUAUUGCUGGA